AUGCAGGAAGUUAUUCGUCAACUGAUGACUAAGUUCAAUGUGGUCUUCGAAGAAUACUAUGAGAAGAAGCGACUGGAGAUACGCGGCAUCAGCAAACGUGUGGUUCGCAUCAACCAGAUACUUCCUGACCUCUAUCCUGAUAAGCCGCUAGUUUCGAUGACAAAGUACGAGUUCCAGCCCGUGGAGAAGCCGGAGGUUAUACUCACUGUAACCGAUGAGGAAGUAGACGUGGAAAAGUAUCUGUCGCCGGAACAGAUUGCUGAGUUGGAGCGUCUGGCCGCCCUUGAGGCUGAACGACUUCGGCUUGCAAAACUGGACAACUGGCGCGAGCGUGGUCUUGAGGACAUGAUGGGUGGAGUGCUUGAGGUGCGUCGAGAGGACGAACUCAAAAAGGACAUUCCGAAGCCGGCAUUUUUGCUGGCAGGCAAACCAGAAAUUGAGUGGACGGAGGAUGAAAAACGCAUUUAUAAUGCCUAUCUGAAAGCAGUGAAGGAAUUGGAAGAGGAGAGGGAGAAGUACCGCAAGGUAAGUCAUACCUCCUCCCGACCGUUCUCUUUCUUGGAAGCCGAUAUGAGGAAGAAUAUGGCGGCCAUCGAUGAAGCGAAAGCCAAGUUCAAUGAAAACAUGGUCGAACUAUUUGCAAUUUGGUUAAGAUACGAAGUUGCUACCCUCCAGGAAGUUGUAAAAAUUUGGAAACUCAAGAGCUCAAUUCUGCUGGACGAGGAGUUACGGCAUCAUGAACUUGUACUGCAAGAGCGAGUAGAAGAUCUGCAAAAGCGAUUGGAAGAGCUCGAUGUUGUUAUCCGUGAAGUUCGCGAUGUCAUUGAAAGGGUACAAGAGGCAGUCGAACUCUUGGCAGCCGAGGACAGGCUGAUGGAAAAGGCAUUUAAAAAAGAAUUCCCCGACGUUCAUGGUGCAGUAUUUGACCUCCUAAACAAGGCUUACAAGCGUCGACCUAAGUAUGUUGGAAAAUUUUUUGCCGAAUUUCAAUAUUGGUUUGUUUAA